AUGACAAUGAGUAGUUCAUCUUCAGCUUCAUUUCAUUUGACCAACAGAAGAUCAGUGAAUGGUGUUCCAUUAAGAUGUUGGUGUGGUAGGAACCUUGUGACUUAUGCGGCUCAGACCAAAGACAAUCCUUUCCGUCGAUUCUACAGAUGUGAAGUUGCAUUACAGAGGAAAAUGGAAGAGCAUCUUUUCAAGUGGAUUGAUGAAGCUUUGCUCGAUGAGACUAGAAUGGUGGAGAGAAAGCAUUUGAGUCUUGUUGAAGAGGUAAAGGAAUUCAGAGGAAAAAUGGUGGAGAAACUGGAGCUAGAAGAGAGGAUGAUCCUUAAGAUGGUUGAAGAAAGAAUGAAAGAAGAGCUAGAAGAGGUGAAAGCAAAAGUUGAAGCAAAAAUUAAAGAAGAAAUGAUGAUGGCUGCUGAAACAUUGCAGAAGAUGGCUCGAGAGAUGGCAAAAACGAGCAUGCAAAAGGUUGGGAUUACAUUGUUGGUUGUAGGAGCAAUAGGAAGGAUUUGUGGUAAGCUUAUGGGUUAG